GGUGAGUGACAGCAGUGAGUGACCCGCCCUGACGACUGCUUAAGGGCUGAACGUCUCUCGUACACUCACUCUCACAUAAAUUAUAUGCCUGUUGGGAACGGAGGCGACGUGAUUGUGUAUCAGUUGCGGUGUCCGCCGCAGUACCUCCCACUCACGGUACUCAUUCAACCGAGAGGCUCACUGGUAACAUAGAAGAUGAUCAAGCGACUGCUGUACCUCAUUUUCCUUAUAUCAUUAUGGAUAAGUGGAAUAGCUUUCGAGACUGUGGUUGUAGGUGCCCUCUUGACUUUGUUUGUGAUGUACUUCAUGAUUCCACUAGUAUUUCACUAUUCUCCUGUUCUCCAGCGACAUAUAGUCUUCCUCAACUUUGUAAAUCUUCCCAAGAGAGUAGACUACAACACACCUGAGAGAGAAGACUUGCCUGGAACACGGAACUUCUAUUUAAAGACAGAAGAUAAUGUGAAAGUUGGAGUGUGGCACGUAUUACCAGGGUCCCUCAUUUCUUCAGUUCCUAAAGAGGAGACUGCUGAUCAUGUGGCUUGGUAUGAAAAAAGUUUAGGUGAUGAAAGACCAGUAAUUUUAUACCUACAUGGGAACACCUCAUCUCGUGCAACUGCACAUAGGAUUGAACUCUACAAAGUUCUGAGGAAGAUGGAUUAUCAUGUUGUGGCAUUUGAUUACAGAGGAUAUGCAGACUCCUCUCCAGUACAGCCAAAUGAGCUUGGUGUAGUCCAUGAUGCAAAAGUUGUGUAUCGAUACAUAAGAGAGAGAAUUGGCUCUUCACCUUUAUUUGUCUGGGGUCAUUCACUUGGAACUGGAGUGUCAACACAUGCUGUUGGAGAUUUAUGCCUAGAGGGUGACCAUCCUGCUGCGCUUGUUCUGGAGUCGCCCUUUAAUAACAUCAAAGAUGAAAUCAAGUUCCAUCCACUCUCAUCUUUUUUUCGCAAGAUGCCGAAGUUUGAGUGGUUGUUCUUGAAGCCUUUGGCAGCAUCAGGUAUCGACUUCUGUAGUGAUGCCCACAUUGCCCAUGUUCAGGCCCCAGUCCUGAUAUUACAUGCAGAGGAUGAUCUGGUUGUGCCCUAUGCAUUAGGACAGAAGCUCUAUGAGACAGCCCUGAAAGUGAGACCGAAGGGUGCUCCACCUGUGAAGUUUGUAGGCUUUGCCGCGAGUUGUGGAUAUUCUCAUAAAUAUAUAUACCAAGCUCCUGAACUGCCAGACAUUCUCAGGGAAUUCUUCCAUGAAGCUGGAGAGACCAAGAAUUAGAUUGUAGCAGAAGAGCCAAGCUAUCGCACAAGUAAACCAGAGGCUCUUCUGUUGGCGUCUCAGCAAAUGAAGCUGUUAGUCUGAAAAAAGAGGAUCCUACACUGAACAUUUAAGUUAACUCAGGAAAGUAGGAUUAAUAGAUGGGUAACAUUUCUUUGAAUUAAUUUAGUUUAUACAUUUAUAGUAGUAUUUGUAAUUUCCUAUUUUCUUUUACUUAUAAAUUUUCUAACUAUUCUCAGGUUUUACUUGAAUUACCAAGGUAAUUUUUUGGCAUAACUAUUUUCACAUUUCAAUAUCAUAUCCAGUACUGUAUUAUCAUGCCCGGUGCUGCUUCUGGUGUUACAGAUAACUUAUUAAGUCUUACCUACACAUAUGCUGAGAUGGAUAUCGACAGCAAUGUCUGCCGAGAUGUUGUAUCUUCACCUCUCUACAUGGGAAAUAACUAAUUUGAUAAGGUUCAUAGCAUUUAGCGUUAUGAAAAUAUUUGUUUUUUACUGAUACAGUUAAAUAUGUUAAAUAAUACAAUAGUAUUUCCCUUCAACGCUUCUUAGAGAAUAUGAGAUGUUCGCUUUACUCCAAACUAAAUGUUAUUUUAUCCAAAAUACAUUCAGGGGUAAUAUUACAGUAGUUUUAGUGUUACUAUAUGGACUAAGUAUUCAACACAUCAAAAUAUCAACUUUACUCUGCCUUAUUGCUUCAUAUUAUUUCUCCUUUUCAUAGAGUUCCAUCUAAGUUAGGCACCUCAUUAACCUAAUACAGUACUGUAGUCUUUAAUUGUCUACCCCAAAAAUAAAGAGGAGUUAUCUAGCAUAUGAUGCAUCCAUUACUCCCCACUAAUGAUUAGUUUCUUUAAAACCCUUGAAUGCUUCACAUUUAGUUACCGUAAUUGCCCACAUAUAAGACGCACCCCUAUUUUACAAGGAAAUUUUGUGGAUUUUUUUUUAGUUUGUUUUGUCAUACAAUUAUUGACAGUGAUUUUAAAGUGUUUUUUUAGGGGAAAACAUAUGAUUUUGUGCAUGUAAAUACAAUAUACAGUAAAGCAUCCGAUAACAACGGUUCGACCAACAACUUUUCAUAUUUAAGACCCAAGUUAAUUUAGGACCCAAUUCAAUUUACGUCCUUAUUUCAUUCGUAUUUACGACCAAAAUACAAUAAAAAUAAAAUUUAAUUAAAUUUUCAUAUAAAUAAUAACUAAAUCCCGAUAUGCAUUAUAAAAAAAAAUUUACUGUAAAAAAUAUGAAGAGCGCCGUGCGCAAAGAAGCUGCCCUGCUAAUGAGUGGUAAACAACAGUUGGCGGGCCUUUUGUUUUCACGCUUCUAGAACAGGGAGAAAACUUUGAAGUUUCUUAAAGCAUUUUUGCAUACCUAUUCAACGAGAGCAAGUGAUGGUAGUGUUGUUUCAAAAGCUAAUAAAAAGUGUAUAAGCUUAGCCGAGAAACUAGAUGUGUUAAUACGACAUGAAAAAGGUGAGAGGUCUGUGGCUAUUAUAUGGAGCAAGCAAUGAACUACUUGCCCUCCUUACAUCAAAGAAACAUUUUCCUCCAUUGCCUGAUAUUUAAUUUACAUAAGUUCAGGACUUUGCAAUAUUUAGCAUCAGGUAGAGCAAUGGUACACCCCUCAGAGUCAUCUUGACAGGAUCACAUGAACUUUUUCCAGUCAGAGAGAGCAGUUUUCUUUCCUCCUCAUUGUUUUGCUUAAUUAUCAGUGUUUGCUGGGCACGUCAUGAAGUAAGGUGACAACUUGUAGCGGGUUAUCAUAUGUACAGGAAUUCUAUGUACAGUAAGAGAAUUAGUGUUCCUGAAUUAGAAAGUUAAUCAUAGAUCUGUUAUUGUAUGUUGUCAUGAAUGCGUAGAAGAAUUAUUAACACACACGAGGUUAAAAACUAUUAUUUCGAGUGAUAAAACACCCCAAGUGAAGAUUUGAACAUCAACAAUUCCUAAAGACAUAGUAGUGGUGUUGUGCAGAUUGUAUGGGUUCACUUUAUUUGGUUGUACAGUAAUUGAAACAAAUAUUUGAUGAUAUUAAAAUUACUGUACAGUAUUAGCAUUGUGGUCAAGCACAGAUGGCUUCAUCCAUAAUUUUGUCUUAUUACUUUAUUUAUUUUUUUCAUCAUCACUGAAUUGUUUGGGAGACAAUACAAUAUUUGGCUUCAUCUCAGCAUACUCAUUAUAUCAAAGCAAAAUACCUCAGGUAGUCAUAGGUUUAACUUAUUUUUAUUGUAAGAGUAAUUUCAGUUUACUAUUAAUUUACAGCAAAAAUUAUUUUAGUUCCUUUUGUUAGGAUACUAUUGUAUUUACUCUUAUAAUGUACUGAUGCAAUUCCCUAAUGUGACGAAGAGUCAUAUAUGAUUAUUUUUUAGCUCUACAUAUCAAAGCAUAAUUUUUUCUGUCAUUAUCACACUACCAUGUAUAAUACUUGAUAUGCUUUGAAUCAUUUCCUUGCAUUUUUUAAUCUCUCUUAUAUCCAUGUCGAUACUGUACUCAUUUAAAGUGCUUAUAAGUA